AUGGGAGGCCCACCUGAAGAGCUACGGAACGGUCUGCUGGACGACACAAGGAGACAGCCCAGCAGGACCAACAGCACCAGAGUGGUGGCCUCCAUGCUGUUGCCAACCAAGCCAGGGGGUUUAGAUGACACGGCCGCUACCCCCUCCAAUGGCAUUCCCCACAGCUGCAGUUGUAAAGAUAACCAUCUGAGUGACCGGUCUAUGGAUCUACCUGAGAACUUUAAAGAUGGAAAUCCAUUGAUUGAGAAGAGAAGAGUCCAGCAGCAGAGAGCAGACUCCCCUGGACCCAGCUGUGUCUCCAUGAAGAGUGACCACUCUAUGGAUAAACCUCCUGAGCUUAAAGAUGGACGUCCCUCCAGAGAGGAGAGACACCAGGAGAGUUCAAAGGUGACCAGUGCUCAGUCUCUACAGCAGCAUCAAACAGAGCUGAUCAAGAGGGCUGAGGAGAACGCGCACGCUUUUCUAGACAAGGAGCUGAAGAAGCUCUGGAAGGUUUACUUCCCAGAUUACCCACAAUGCUCAGAGAGUCAGAGGGAGGAGGAGGAGGUGGAUAGUAAGAAGGAGGAGCUGAGGAGGCGCGCCAUAGAGGGAGUGGUGAACAUCACAAAGCUCUGCUUGAUGGAGGUGAACCAGGAGGAAUUGGCAGACACACUGUGGGCCGGAUCUGAUGCUGUCCAUUGCAUACCAAAAAUCCAGGCUCAUUUGAGGGAGAAGUUUAGGUGUGUGUUUGAAGGAAUCGCUAAAGCAGGACAUUCAACACCUCUGCAUGAGGUCUACACAGAGAUCUUCAUCACACAGAGAGGCAGUGGAGAGGUCAACAAGGAACAUGAGGUCAGACUGAUUGAGACAUCUUCCAGGAAACCAGCCAUGGAGGAAACACCAAUCAGAUGUGAGGACAUCUUUAAACCCUUACCUGGACAAGAUCAACCAAUCAGGACAAUAAUGACAACUGGAGUGGCCGGCAUUGGUAAAACCGUCUUAACACGCAAGUUCACUCUGGACUGGGCUGAAGGCAAAACCAACAAGGACAUACACUUCACAUUUCUCCUCACUUUCAGAGAGCUGAAUUUACUGAGGGGGAAAGAGUUUAGCUUGGUGGAACUUCUUCAUCACUUCUUUAUUGAGACCAAAGUAGCAGGAAUCUGCAGAUUCGACCAGUUCCAAGUUGUCUUUAUCUUGGACGGUCUGGAUGAGUGUCGACUUCCUCUGGACUUCCAGAACAACCCGAUCUGGACUGAUGUCACAAAGUCCACCUCGGUGGACGUGCUGCUGACAAACCUCAUCAGGGGCGUCCUGCUUCACUCCGCUCGCAUCUGGAUAACCACACGCCCUGCGGCAGCCAAUCAGAUCCCUGAUGAGUGUGUUGACAUGGUGACAGAGGUGAGAGGGUUCACCGACCCACAGAAGGAGGAGUACUUCAGGAAGAAAUUCAAAGAGCAGAUGCUGGCCAGCACAAUCAUCUCCCAAGUCGAGAACUCACGAAGCCUCCACAUCAUGUGUCACAUCCCAGUUUUCUGUUGGAUCACUGCUACAGUUAUGGCGGACAUCUUCAAAACAUUCAAGUGGGGAGACGAGAUGCCCAAGACGUUGACUGAGAUGUACUGUCACUUCCUGAGGGUUCAGACCAUACAGGGGGACAGGAAGUACAAUGGCAGAUCUGAAACAGAUCCAGACUGGAGUUCAGAGAGCAGGGAGAGCAUUGUUUCUCUGGGAAAACUGGCUUUUAACCAGCUGGAGAAAGGCAACCUGAUCUUCUACGAGGCAGACCUGGUAGAGUGUGACAUUGAUAUCAGAGCAGCCUCAGUGUACUCAGGAGUGUUCACCCAGAUCUUUAAAGAGGAGUUUGGGCUGUAUCAGGACAAGGUGUUCUGCUUUGUCCAUCUGAGCAUGCAGGAGUUUAUGGCUGCCCUGUAUGUCUUCUGGUCCUUUAUCAACAGUGGGGUCAAUCUGCUCACAGAAGAACCGCCAACCUCCGGUGAAGAUAAACUCAUCCUCUUCUACCAGAGUGCUGUGGACAAGGCCUUACAGAAUGAGAACGGACACCUAGACUUGUUCCUCCGCUUCCUCCUGGGCCUCUCUCUGGAGACCAAUCAGAUUGUCCUACGAGGUCUGCUGGGACAGACAGGAAGGGGCUCACAAACCAAGGAGAAAACAGUGUCUUACAUCAAGGAGAAAAUUGCUGGAGAUCUCUCUCAAGAAAGAAGCAUCAAUCUAUUCCGCUGUCUGAAUGAGCUGAACGACCGUUCUCUUGUGAAGGAGAUCCAACAGUACCUGACAUCAAAAAGACUCCCCCGUAAAUCUCUCUCUCCUGCUCAUUGGUCAGCUAUGGCCUUCAUCUUACUGACAUCAGAAGAGGAGCUGGAUGUGUUUGACCUGAAAAAAUACCAAGCUUCCGAGGAGGGUCUUCUGAGGCUACUGCCAGUGUUCAAAGCCUCCAAAACGUAUCUGUAUCUGAGAGAGCUUGACCUGAGCUUCAACGAUCUGCAGGAUUCAGGAGUGAAGCUGCUCUCUACUGGACUGGGUAGUCCACACUGUACACUGGAAACUCUCAGGCUGACUGGCUGUCAUCUGUCAGAGAGAUGCUGUGAAGCUCUGGCCUCAGUUCUUAGCUCCAACUCCUCUAGUCUGAGAGAGCUGGACCUGAGCUUCAAUGAUCUGCAGGAUUCAGGAGUGAAGCUGCUCUCUGCUGGACUGGGGAGUCCACACUGUACACUGGAAACUCUCAGCUUGUCUGGCUGCCUGGUCACACAGGAAGGCUGUGCUUCUCUGGCCUCAGCUCUGAGCUCCAACCCCUCCCACCUGAGAGGGCUGGACCUGAGCUACAAUCACCCAGGAGACUCUGGAGCUGCGCUGCUCUCUGCUGGACUGGAGGAUCCACGCUGGAGACUGGAC